AAAAAUUAAAAAAUCUGGAGAAAUAAAUAUACUUUUUAAGUAAUUGAUUUAACCUAAUUCUAACAAUUCGAUACGCUAAUUUUCUGUUUAUGAUUUUUGGGCUGCUUGUUAGUUGACGAGCUUUGUAUAAGGUUAGGUAAACACAUACAAAUCAAUCGUGCCCUCUGCCAACAACGGCGGUUCUGUAAAACAAUUGAAAUGUCGGACACUUCUGUCUUCAGCUAUGAUCCCUCAGUUGAAAAUGAUGAAGAAUUGACCGAUGUUGUUUUGGAUACAGUAACAAUGCCGGCAGUCGCUCCCCAGGAAAAGUCGGUUGACAAUUGUGCAACAUUGGCGGAUUCUGGUUGCUCAGAACCUGAGACUAACACUGGUGAAACAAAUGAAAAAGGCUCUGAAGACACCACCGGCUCAAUAUCAAAAGCUUUUAAGAAUAAUUUUGUUGUGAAACAAAUUGGUUCUCUUGGUAAGAUUCUUGGAGAUUUGAAAAGCAAGAUGGCAGGGAAGAAGAAGGACAAUGACAAAAACAACAUCGAAGCUGUUGCCUUAGCCAUUGCCGUUGACGACAAUGAAGAGGAAGGUUUUGUUCCACGUGUCGCGACCAUUGGUCACGGUUCUUCUGAAGGAAGCGUAAUUACUGACGUGAACGACACUUCGGAAUGGGAUCCUAUAUUCGUGGAAACUGUCCGUCGUUACCUGAUGGAAGGUUCUGGUUCUGGACUCGUUGUUCAACAUGAGAAACGUCUUCCUGAUGGCCCUAGGACACUAGAGUUUGAACAGAUGUACGAAGAAAUUAACCAAGAUUCAACUGCGUUCCCCAAAACGGGGGUUUCUCGUCCUUCCUCUGACCCACAGAGCCCACAAAGUCCUCAGGUAACGGCCGAUGCAGAACAUAGCGACAUCGCAAAACGUCCUAUUAGCUUGGGAGACUGCGCUCAGGUUAACAAUGCCAAACGUAGACGUCAAUCUUUGUUAACGCAGUCAAAACUAGUUCCAAUUGCUGAGGAAGAGGAAGAUCCCAGUAAGCUCGUAAAUACUAGUCCGGCGCAAUUGCCAAUGUCCGAAGAAGUUCCUGACUAUGGUCUUGGAAACGAAGCUAUGCGAAAGCGCGUACUUGACGAUUACGAAAAGCUUUCUUCCAAGAAUAUAAUCGUCGUUGGCCAUAAGUUGAGUCCGAAUGUUCUUUUUGCGUUUGAUGAAGAAGACAUUGUUCCUAUCGAAAAUUACACCUGUGAUUCGCACGAAAGAAGUCUUUUGACCAAUACUUUCUAUCCAUCUCAUUGGCAGUUUCGCAAGCUUCAAGCAUCUCGCUUUCUGCAUUUCGAAAAUAGUCAUUUUGACGACAGAAAGUUAAUGGAAAUCCCCUUUAUUAUUGUGGAUAACGCGACAGAAGAGGCAGAAAACAAUCCGGCUAGUGAAGAACAACAUCCGCCAACUCAAUCAACUGAGGAGGCCAUUGAUGACUCACACAUGGCCGAGGAACAAUCAAUUCGAGAGAUGGCAUACUUUGAAACGAAAUUUAUUUCCCUUAUCUACCCUUCAAUUGCUCAGAGAGACUCUUAUCGCAUUAACGUGUCUGUCGCACAGUUACGUGAACGUGACUUUUCGCAGCAAGUUGAAGACCCAACGGGAUAUGCAGAAGCACUGAAAAAUGAUCCCUGCAAACUCCUUGUUGAGUUGGACAACUUUGAGCUUCUUUCACAAAACCAAAAGACACUCGUUUGGCGUGAACUCGCCGAGUUAUCUGCAAGUCAGGAAAUCAAUCCAAGCUUGUGUUCCUGGAGAAAACUAGUUGCCCAGUCACGCAUUGGACAUCCAAAGCUGCAUGUUGCUCCAAUCCAAAGCUUCAAGUGUGUUAAAGGGUUUCCAGAGGUUGUUUGUGUUGAGAAUUCUGUUUCCAAAGCAUUCUUUCUAAUCGACAAGGACAAAACUACCUUCGACCCGAGAACAAGUUACCUUUUAUCUUGCGCACCAACACGUGCAGCACAGUAUUGGCUUUUGCUUAUGCAUCAUCUCGAGUUCAUUGGUCGCUCUUUCCCACAUUUGGUCUUCGCUGACAAGGAAUACUCGACUCUUGAGUAUGCUAGGUCCAAUUACCAGUUCACUGAGCCAGAAGGAAAAUCUUCAGCCCAAAAUGUAGAUAACGAGGAAACCUUACAGCAGGUUUAGCUUGUUUUUAGGAUAUGAAACCUUGGUGCUUAGCAUUGCAACUCGUCCAUGCUACUUACCCUUUAUGAUUCUAACGUAAUAUUCAUGACUUUCUAAACAAAAAGCGUUUAACAAUUUUAUUUACUACAAACAUUCUUAGUAAUUUUAAAAACCUGUUUCCUUGGCAGUAUUGUUUUUUAUCUCAGAA